GCCGUAUGCAGUUUGUGGUUCGUCGAUCAGUGAUGCGGUUGGUCGUCGAAUAGUUCUUCGUCGUCGUAUCGUUGGUCGAAUUCUGUGCUGAUAAAAAAUAAUAAUAAUAAUCUAAUAUCAUAAAAACAACUUUCGAUCGGUCACUCGUCACUGGUCAGUACACACUAAUAUUGUAAGACGCGAUCGUAUGUGCGUUGUGCGCGGCUGUCCAUCUCGUAUGUAGUUUUAACGAAAUCUAGUCUCAUCCGCCUAAAAAAUAUAGAAUAUUAAAUAUUAUUCCAUAAUCGAAUAAUUUUUCGUCUGACGUACUUAUUAUAACCCAAUAAUAUUAUUAAAUACACACACACUAUGGCCGACGAAGACGCGCCACACGCCAAUGGCAACGUGCACGAAGAGAAUGGACAUGUGCCGGAAAUUGAACUCAUCAUUAAGGCUUCAACAAUUGAUGGUCGGCGAAAAGGAGCAUGUCUAUUUUGUCAAGAAUAUUUCAUGGAUCUAUAUCUACUUGCUGAGUUAAAAACUAUUAGUCUUAAAGUCACUACAGUGGAUAUGCAAAAACCUCCUCCUGAUUUCAGGAGUAACUUUGAUGCAAAUCCUCCACCAAUCUUAAUAGACAAUGGAAUGGCUGUUUUGGAAAAUGAAAAAAUUGAAAGGCAUAUCAUGAAGAACGUGCCAGGUGGAUACAAUCUAUUUGUGCAGGAUAAAGAAGUGGCCACGUUGAUUGAAAACUUGUACAGUAAGCUGAAACUGAUGUUAUUAAAAAAAGACGACGUGAGCAUAAAUAGUCUGUUGUCUCACUUGCGUAAAAUAAAUUUGCAUUUAGAGAAGAAGAACACACGGUUUUUGACCGGUGACACAAUGUGCUGCUUUGACUGCGAGUUGAUGCCUCGUCUACAGCAUAUCAGAGUAGCUGGUAAAUACUUUAUGGACUUCCAAAUGCCGACCGAUCUAAGGUACUUGUGGCGUUAUAUGUUGCACAUGUACCAGCUGGACGCAUUCACCCAAAGCUGUCCGGCCGACCAAGACAUUGUCAACCAUUACAAACAACAGCAGAAUCUCAUGUUACAGAACGUCAAGAUGAAGAAACACGAGGAACUGGAGACUCCGACGUUCACCACGUCCAUACCGGUGGAGCUCGACUUGCAGCAGGACGAAUAAUCGCCGCCGCGAGUGUGGUACGUACUUGCGAUAAUAUAUAAUAUACCGUCGCCUGCCAAUCUAUCUAUGUACGCAUACUACAGAGCGAUUAUGCAACGCGACGAUUCCAUAUCCUCGUCGUCCGCUGCAGCUGCAGUGCAUAAUAUUGCACGUAUUAUAUGCAUUUAUACGUACGAAUGAAUACAUAAUAUUUUAUAUAGUGUGUCACGAUGACAUCACACCGCAUACAAUAAUAUAUAGACGACGUUUCCAGAAAACAUUAAUCGACGUAUAUUGAUGUAUAUUAUACUGCAAUGGUGAACUGCAGCUGCAAAUAAUAUCAUAAUAUUAUUAUUAUUAUUAUUAUCAGUAGACAAUAAUAUAUUCGCGAUUUAUUUCUUCUUUCGGUUUUAUUUAUUUAUUUUUAUUUUUAUUUUUAUUUUUUUUUUUGUUUUCUCGUGUUUUUUCUAAUCUAUAUACAUUAUAUAAUUAUUAUGUACGGUAUUAUGAUAUAUACUAUAACAACAUACACGCUGCUCGUGUACUCCUUUUGUUAAUUUAUUCAUAAUAAUCCAUACAUAUUAUAUUUUGAAUUAUGUAUAAAUACUAUAUUUUUAUUAAUAUUAUAUUAUAGAACUAAACCGAUUUAUUGCAUAUUAUAUUAUAUUAUAUUUCAUUGUAUUAACCAACUAUUUAUAAUAUAAUGCGUACCUAUAUAUAUAUAUUAUAAUAUUGUCGUGCCUAUAUGUGCAUAAUUAUAUUAUUAUGUACGUUUCCGUUUAAGUAUAUAUAUAAUAUAUAUAUAUUAUGUAAAAAAUUAUUUUUGUCAUUAGUGCCUUGAGAUUAUUCUAGUUAUUUUACUAUUUAAUAUUCAAAAUUGUAUUUAGUAUUAUUUUUCGAUGUACUGUAAUAAAUUAAUAUUUAUUUAAGCCCGUCGUAUAUACUCGUGUAUUUUAUAUCAUUUCUUCGUCCCACGACUGUUUUACAGACGACAGGUGUUGGCGUGUUGCAACAGUAUUGUAUUGUAAUCAUGUGUAAUGAAUCCACUUGUGUGUUGUACCUAAUACCUAUACAGUUGUACGACAAAAAAUAUACCACGUAGAUAAAACGAUGAAAUGAGAAGAAGACGGUGUAAGAAAAUAAAAUAUAGAAGACAAGUCCAUAAAAAUUUUUCUGCAAGACUAUAGCUUUCAUAUAAUUCGUAUUUUAACAUUUAUUAUACCUAUUUAUGUGUCAUGUCCAGUUUUACUAUGGUUUAAAACUUGUACCAUAACUAAAAUUCAGAUAAUUAUUAUAAUGUAUUUUGAAAC